UGUGUGUAAAUUAUCACUUGAAUUAUGGUUAUGAAAGUUCUAUUCGUGUAUAUUUUAUAUCAACUCGACAGUGAAAUUGUUUUAAAUAUUGUUGAUCUGGUUGGCUGUGAAGACGUUGAAACUAGUGUAGAAAAGUCGUGCAACAGGUAUGGAUGGAAAGUGUGUAUUAAUUGAGAAUUGAAAAUGGCUGAAAUCACUUCUGACGUGUUCGAUAUUUUUCAUCCGACUCCAGUCUCUCUCAGGGAGUUAUCAGCGAUCGUCAUUAGCCUCGAAAUAUGGCGCUGCGAAAUAAAUAAGUACCGUUCGAGGAAUACAUUGAACGAGUUUCAUCCAUCUGGGGAACUUAUCUCAUCGAAAACCCUGAUUCGCGAUUUGCCUCCAAUAAUUUAUCAUAUGAUUGAUAAAUAUGUCGAAAUAUUUGGAGAUUCGAUGAAAGACUGGCUAUGGAGACAUCAUCGAGCAGUAUUUAAGUUUCAUUACAACAGUCAAAACUCCGUUUUGGAAUACUUCGAAGAUUUUGUAUGCGAUUACGACGGAACCAUUGAUUACGAGAAGACUGCCGAACGUAUGAUGCAGUGUGAUCAAUUUGAAGUGCAUCAAAAGUUCUUAAUUGCGUGCACGUAUUGCUUCAAAAAAGACAUCUUACGAAUUUGGCCGCUCAGAUUGAAAAAGACAGACUCGUUGUAUAGAAGCUAUUCCGAAAAUCCACAAUUCCAGUAUUGGAUUAAUUUUCUCGAAUAUCAUAUCAGGUUUACCUAUUCUACUAUCCUCGAAUGGAUGUCAUACAAAUUCAUGCCUCUCAGUAGAUCAUUCUUGGAAUAUUUCUGGAAUAUUGUUUCGUCGGAAAAACGUUUGCGAAUAGCUAUCAAUCUUUGUAUCAAUGAUUUACCAUCGCUUGUUCGAUUCAUUUUACCAAAAUUGGAUGAUCAACAGCUCAAUGAAUUUCUUCAUGAAAAUGGUUGUGAAUUGUUAUACGUUUUGUUAAAAAAAUCUUGUUGCGAUGAAGAAGUCAUUCUAUCGACAUGGAUUUGCGUUAAAAACAUGAUGAACGAGAUUGCUUUCUCAAAUCUGAUUGUGAAAAUGAUGCAAGCUGAGCUCAGGAACGGCUAUGUAACUUCCAAAUUGCAUCUAGAUGGCUGUAGUUGGUUCGCGGAUAGUUGUCGUGACGAUCGUCGUGAUAUUGAUGAUUUUGUUCAGUUAUGUAUUGAAAUAUGGAACACUGCUGCGAAGAAUUUGAAACGUUCAGCUGUCAGAGACAUUGCAUCGAAUAAUGAGUUAUUUAAAGACAGACGAUAUUUGGAUGUCUCGCCGACCCCGAGAGAAUUGAAGUUCUCACUAGCUGUUCUUUCUCACGCCACCUACGAGCAAAGGAACGCUUUCUGGUAUAAUUGUUGGCAAUAUUUGAUUACUGAAACAUGGGGCGAAGGUUUACAUAAAAUAAUGCGGCUAUGUUUACGAGACGAAGAUGAGAUAACUCAAUUUAAGAAAAACGUCAUAGCCAAUGACGAAAGUGUACUUUUCGCUUGUAGCGAGUCAUUUAACCAAACGUAUUUUGACGAAGUGAAUGAUUUCUUGAGAUUUUUAUUGCCGGAAGAGGAAGCAGCGAGAAAUUUUAAACAGAAAAUACUACGGUUAGCUGUUCGCAAUGGUCGAUUUAGUGAUUCUUGCGUAACGAUCGCAAAAAAACAAAAAGAGUUCGAUGAAUUCAUCAGAGAUGCUUAUGGCAACGUCGAUCCAUCUACAGACUUCAAGAAUAAGCUUUUGUCGUCAACUUUAAUCCAAAAACCUUCAUCAGUCGGUGCGUUAUUUGUACCUAUAGAACAAGUGAUCGAGUUUAUGGGCACUUUUGUUUCGACUAAACGAAUUCUUCUUGAGGUGAAAAAUCGCGUAAUUAAUUUUUUAAAGAAACAAGCAGCUGUUUGUAUACAUAAGUUGCCGUUUGCGAAAUAUUCGCUCAAUUCUCUUUUAUGGUGGUGUUUUGAAAGUAAUGAGGAAGUUCCAAAAUCUGAGCUGAGCUAUUAAUAAUGUAGUUAGAAUAAUCACAUCUCAUCGAAUGAUUUUUUCAUGAUAUUCGAUGGUCUGGGAUGAUCUUGUCGAGCAAGAUUUUUACAUUCUGAUUGUGUUUUUAUUAUUUUUUGUGUUUAUUUAUUUUUUUCAUUUUACUGUUUAAUUUUAGUCUUGUGCAAAAAAUCCAUAUUUUUAUGUUGUGUUAUGUUAAAAACAUGUAAAUCAAUAAUUAAUUAUAAUCAACUACGCAAAUGUAUCAGUGAAUUUAAUUCUCCUAGCUUUUUCAAAAAUUACAAGAAUUUUUGCUUUUUUUGUAAA